UACAUUCGGAAGGCUUGCCCGUAUACGGAGAAAGAGAGAGAAUAGAGUUGUUCGUCGAAACCCAAGAGAAAGAGAGAAAUAGCCAAGGUCGGCGAUUAUUCAUUCACUGGCCAGAAUUAGACCAUCGGAACAGCAAGCACAGAAAGAAACCGUUAAGCCAUAUAUCAACCACCCGAAUCGUCGAAACCGACACCGUUUCCUUGCCAACGUCAAAAUCAAAGAAUCUACAACUAAAGUCAACCUUCUCUGAAGAGCAAAAUCCGAACCCGAGUGUUUCAAGUUAGAGUGAGUUUUGUAAAGGAUGUGCAAAAGUAAGAGGCAUGCUAGGAAAGACAACAUGAACUUGUGGUUGAGAAUUUUGGGGCAUGUUAUUAGGGUGAAAAUUGCAAUACUGCAUAAAUGAUCAAAAUCCAAACAUACUCUCAUAGUCAUCUCACGAUCUGCCACCUGGGCUGGGAAGCACCCAGAUCCGAUCUUCAAAGAUCUCUCAGUAAAUCCCUUUACAAACUCGAGAAAUUCCUCUCCUAGAAUCUCACAAAAAAUGUCAGCAUUUUUUUUACACCAAAGACCAAUUCACAACCCGUUUUCAGGUCCAAACCCAUUAUUAUACCGACGCUCCUCCUCCUCAAGACCCUUCAUCAUCAUGUCUUCAAUCUUCACCCCAAUUGCUCUUCUUCUCUUAUCUCUUCUCAUCAUUCUCGGUGUCUUGGCUGGCAUGCCUGACUUCCUCUUCUCCAUUAGCUCUAACACUUCUUCCCAAUCCAAAUGGCGUGAUUACACGCUGGCCCAAGCGGCUUCAUUUGUGGCCAAGAACGGUACAGUGAUCGUCUGCGCUGUGAGUCACCCUUACUUGCCUUUUCUUAACAACUGGUUGAUUAGCAUUGCCAGGCAAAAGCAUCAGGACAAAGUGCUUGUCAUUGCCGAGGACUAUGCCACGCUUUUUAAGGUUAAUCAGCUUUGGCCUGGCCACGCCGUGCUCGUCCCGCCUGCCCCUGAUUCUCAAACUGCCCAUAAGUUUGGUUCUCAGGGAUUCUUCAAUUUUACAUCCCGAAGGCCACGUCACCUACUCCAUAUUUUGGAACUUGGAUAUAAUGUAAUGUACAAUGAUGUUGAUAUGGUCUGGUUGGCUGAUCCAUUUCCUUAUUUGGAAGGGAGUCAUGAUGUGUACUUCACAGAUGAUAUGGCAGCAGUAAGUACACCUACUUUGCUUCUUGCCUUUGCUGUGUGCCAUUUACGGAAAAUAGCGCCAAGUGUUGCAUGGAAAAAAGGGCGCCCUUACAUAUGUAGCUGCAUGAUUUUCCUUCGCCCUACUAGUGGAGCAAAACUGGUUAUGAAGAAGUGGAUUGAGGAACUUCAAUCACAACCAUGGUCCAAAGCAAAGAAAGCAAAUGACCAACCUGGUUUUAACUGGGCAUUGAAUAAAACUGCUGGAGAGGUUAUUUAAUGUAGACUAUUUGGACUGAACGGAAUCGGCAUUCUUUUGAGGAUAAUGGGAAAACUGUGGUUCAGUUAGUAGAUUUAUGCCAACGGACCCUCUUUCAUUGGUCUCGAUGUUGGGUCUCUCGGAUUGUUCUAUUCUUAUUGAUUUUCUUUUGUCUAUUAGAAUAGCUUAGUGUGCUUGUGUCUUUCUGUUUUUUAUCAUUCUUUGUUCACUACCGUGAAUCUUUGUAUUUUUCUUGCUACUCCUUUUUUAAUAAUACUUUCUUCUUACUUAUCAAAAAAAAAAUCCCAACAUUAAAAAUGUAAAAUUCAGUGCAUAAAAUUGGAAAUAUUUACUUAAAUACAGUCACCAUAAGUAAUAGAAAUAAUAAUAACAUAAUGCCAGUGAAAUUCUAAUGGCACAACAACAACAUAUGAUCCACCCUUGCUGUCCCUUACAGGUUUCUGAAUAUGAUGUACUUGCAUCAUGUGUGCCUGUGUGUCCAAUGUUGCUAUACAUGUCCCAAAAUGACUGGUAGUUGUUUUAAAAAUGUAUCAUGACCUGCACAUAUAAAUUACGAACUAUUCAUGAUAGUUGUUUUAAAAACGUAUCAUGCUAUACGCAGUAUCUUUAAAUUGAUAAAAAACAAUACCAGAAAGAAUUAGCAAAUAAUGUUGUGUUAACAUGCUGUACCUGUCAAAUCAAGAACCGAAAGAAUCACAAUCCUUUUGAAUUUAGAUCAAACUCAAGCACUGUCAAAUAAUAAAUGGAUGGUAUGUCAACAAGAUCUUCAAAAGAACAAAAGAAUGUGAUAAUUAGCCCAAAAUAAGGAGGCUGGAAACCAAUUAAGGAGAAAAGAAUGGAGGACAAAAACAACAAUUGUGUCAUGGAAUAAAAACAAAAAACAAACAAAAAAACUAAUUCCAAGACACGUCAAAAUUUCAGUAAUUCCUUUUUUCCCUUAAAUUUGUCAUGCUAGAUACUUCAAUCUUGUAACAAGGACAACUUAUCAGCCUCUCUCUCUACUGGUACUCUUCAUAGAAGACAAUCACAGGGCAUUGUCACAAUGAAUCCUCCCUGAGACACACUUAUUGUAUUGAUAUUGGCCUGUAACACGCAAAUAAUUUUUUCUUGCCUUGUUAUGAAUCCUUUAAGCCGACCCCAAAAAAUUUGUGACUAAGCCUUUGUUGUUGUUAUUGUUAUGAAUCCUUUAAUAUUGAGGAAGUUUAAUGACAAUGAGUAGAUACUAGGAAAGCCCAGGGAGGGAAUGCUUUGAGGAUGAAAUGCAAAUGAGAAUUUGAGGUUUUUUCUUUUGCUUCAUAAAAUGAGAAAUGGAAAAUGCAUUCUCAAUAAAGUGCAUUCCUCGGAACCUGAAAUUGCAUACCAAAAAAAGCUUCUUUUUUUUUUGCUUAGAGAACUGUGAAAUGUAUCCUCACUAGAGAUGCCAAACACAGCCUGAGUUGUACAGAAUAUGUUCUAGGUGGAUUUUUAUGUGUUUCAGAGCUAUUCCUUAUGAAGGUCUUCCUUCAACUCUCCUGUAAGAUAUACUUUAAUAGUAUGAGAACAAAUCUAUGCAGCCUACAGUGAGAACUAGUGGAUUUUUGAGCUUCUGAAAUCUCUAACAUUGUCUUCACAAUUUGUAUUGGUUGGAAUCUUUAGAUAUUUAGAUGUUGAAGUUUUUU